AUGAUUUUGCCAAUCAAAUUUGAUGAUUAUAAAGAAUUUGAUGUAAAUCGUUAAUUGCAAGAUCAAGCAAGAGAUUUCAGAUUGGUGUAAUAGGAGCUUCUUAAAUAGUAACUCUAUGACCAGUAGUUGGAAAUGGAGAAGAGAAAGAGAUCGAUAACAACUCAAAAGUAGAAGGAAGAACUGUUAUACUUGGAGAAUUUGAGGAGAGAGAAAGAAAUGCAAAAUUUAAUGGAAGGUCAAAACAAAUAGUAUAUCAAGAAGGAUUUAUCAAAAUGGUAUGAAAAUUCACUAACUAAUUAAAGAAUCAUCCAAGAAUAGAUAAGAUAAGAAAGAUAAUAGGUUGAAUAGUAGAUUGUUGACACUGCAAAGCAAGGACAAACAAUGGCAGACUUCUUUGAAAAAUAAAAAAAAGAUUAUUAUAGAAAGGUUUAGGAUCAAUAAUAUGGUCAGGCACAGAUUAAAAAGCUAAAUGAAUUGAAUUAUAAAAAGUUUGAUCAAGCAGUUUAUUAAGAAUAAGUACAUUAAGAGAAUACGAAAAUAUAAAGGAAGUUAGAUAAUUACAAAUAAUAUUAUCAGAAUGUUUAAAACAGGUAGCAAUAAUUAUAGGCAAUGUACUUAGAGAAUUACAGAGAUCCAAAAUAAGGAUUGGAUGACAUCAUUUUAAAGAAUGUAGUACAAAAGUAAUAGCAAGAUGAGAAACAGUACAGAUAUUAGAAAGAAUUGGAAGACAUUUCAAAGGAGAAAUACAAUUCGAUUCUUUCGAUUCAGUUGCAAGAGUAACAGUAGAAGCGUAAACAGAAUAGGUAUGAGGCUAAAUCGAAUGGCUAUCAACAUGCCAAUUCUGUUUAUUGGUAAAAUUCUGAUAGACAAUAUAAUGUUUCAACUCCUGCUAGAAGUGUAGCUUCAGAUCAAAAUCAAUUAUAUAAUCCACUUACUAAUCCUAAUCCGAAUCAGACACAGAAUCCUUACAUACUGAAAUAAUUGGGAAUGAAUCUGAACGAUUUGCCUACUCCAGCCUAUACUAAAUCGAAGUUAGCUUCAAUGGGAAAGUUUUGCAUAAAUUGA